AUGCCGACACCUGACGCACAGAGCGCGCACGGAAGUGACUCACGGAGUGAGGAAGCUUCUCCCGCUUUUAGAUCGACUAAAAAAAUAAGUCAUGAGGAAUUGACGGCAUUAUAUGAGCGAGAGAAUAAACGAGACGAAAAAAAUAUAGCAAAUUCUACUCGUUUAUUAGGCA